AUGCGAGACAGCCCGCCAUCGGGAAAAGGCUCGCCCGACCCUCUUCCGCCGAGGCCCGAGGGCCGCGAGUGGGUCGGUAACCCGGUCUCGGGGAUAUCUCCGGGGAGGAAGGUUCCAAAGGACAACGUCAACAUCGCCGAACCCGGGCGCCAGUCUUUCUUCGAGCACAUGGCGCAGCAGCCCAACACCGAUCGCGCGACCGACGCGUACGAAGGGGCGUGGCUCGGAAACAGCAAGAAGCUCGACGACACCAAUAACAGGUUCACGCACGACCCGUCUUCGCGCGUGUACCGCGGGUCGCGCGUCGCCGCGAGGAUCAACGAGCUCGGGCCGCACUUCAUGGAGGGCGCGAGGGGCGAGGGGAGCACCGUGGCGGGCCAUCACCCGAGGCACGCCGGGGGGAUGAUCAAGCGAAACGACGACGGCGCAAUCAGGCCAAACAUGGAGCCCGAGCUCAGGGAGUUCUGGACCGAGGCGGACCCGGCGCCGCCGCUCAACAGGGGCCCGAAAAAGGUCCAGGAGCCCGUGGGGAGGUCGGGGCGGCAGGGCAUGUUCGGGCUGCUGGCGCAAGAUCCAAGCGUCAAGUCAGAUUACGGGAGGCACGGCGUGGACGGCACGCGCGCCAGGGGCAGCGUCUUUGUGAAGGAGCCGGGGUCGGACACGCAAGUCGGAAAGGGCUCCCUGCUGCUGUACUCGAACGAGUACUGCCUGAAGAACGGACUCGGGGGCGGCGGGAGGAUGAUAGACGACGACGACGACUACUGA